UGCUGCACACUACAAGACUGUAUUCACGAACCUUCUGGCAGUGACACUUGAACGGGCGGAUAACCAGCGUGUACUUGUGCAGGAGAAGGAAUGUAACAAUGUCUCCGGGUUGUCGUUCCAUCUCACAUUUCAGCUUGGACCUCUUCUCGUAUAGUCUGGCCUAAUGCGUUGUUGAGAGAAUGAAAGGAUGGCCGAGCACCGAUGAGGGAACUACAAAGGGGCUGAAGGACUGUGCUGCAUCGGUUGAACGGGAUGAGCAGCAAGACAAAAACACAAUCAAUCCGGCGGAGGACGCAGCUGUGGAGUGUCUCUCUUUGGGGGAGAUACUGAGGCUUUAUAACCAGCCCAUCAAUGAGGAGCAGGCAUGGGCGGUGUGUUACCAGUGCUGCAGGACGUUGGCGAGGGGAGACAUGGGCAGGAGGAGCUCCUCCACCGCUGCAGGAGCAUCAUCAGCCGCACUUCUGUGGAAAAUAACCGGACCGGGGGAUGUGAAGAUACAGAGAGACGGGUCUGUGAGGGUGGACCACCAGGGCUGUCAAGGUAAAUCCAGCCCUUGCACGACAACAGAGGUGAUAGAGUCACUGGGCAUCAUGAUCUACAAAGCCCUGGAUUACGGGCUAAAAGAAAAUGAGGAGAGGGAGCUCAGUCCUCCUUUGGAGCAGCUUAUCAACCUCAUGACCAACAUUACCGAAGCUGAGAGGGACGCCUGCCCAGAUGAAGGCUAUGAAGCCACAGAGGAAGAGGAUGAGGCAGAGGAUAGCCCUGACGACCUCUCCAGUAUUCAUUGCUACAGAGAUAUCCUCAAGCUGUGCAAAACUCAUCUACCAAGGCUAUCAAACGCCCCCAGUCACUACCAGGCUGUUUGUCGGGCUCUGUACACAGAAACCAUGGAGUUGCACACUUUCCUGGUGAAGAUUAAGAGUGCCAAAGAGUAGAACCUUCGUAUGAUGGAAGAACAGACAUCAGUGGACUCCAGUCAAGACCUGAAUGAGCUGCAGAACGCUGAUUGGGCUGGAUUUUGGGUUCAGGUGAUGAGGGACCUGCGUGAGGGAGUCAAGCUGAAGAAAGUCCAGGAGCGUCAAUACAAUCCGCUGCCCAUCGAGUACCAGCUAACUCCCUAUGAGAUGCUAAUGGAUGACAUAAGGGCGAAACGCUUCAAACUGCGGAAAGUCAUGGUAAAUGGAGACAUCCCUCCGAGGUUAAAGAGGAGCGCUCACGAAGUCAUUCUCGAUUUCAUCAGGUCCAGACCCCCUCUCAACCCUGUCUCAGCUCGUAAAUUGAAGCCACAGAGUCAGCCUCCUCCAACACUGCACGAGCGGAUCCUGGAGGAAAUCAAGGCAGAGAGAAAACUAAGACCGGUAUCGCCUGAUGAGAUCCGCAAGUGGAAGUUGGAUAACUUUAGUCCAUACAUGGUCAGGCGGGUGUCCAGCUCGCUGUCUCUGAGUGAUGCAUCAACAUCUGUCAGGGUUGAACCCUCCGGAUCUCAGUCUGUACCUCAGAGGAAGAGGCUCCUUAAGGCUCCAUGUCUUGCUGACCUGGACAGCUCUGACUCUGAUGAUGAGAUGGUUGGGCAGCGCUCAGCCAGCAGCUCCAGCGUUGCAACAUCCAUGAUGGAUGACACAUCCCCAGAAUCUGUACUGGGGAAGAAGACUCCCCCCAUGUUCCUGCCCAUCUCCUCCACUCCCCAGCCAGAAAGGCGUCAGACCCAACAGAGAAGACAUUCCAUUGAGAAGGAAACUCCCACCGAUGUUCGACAUUUUCAGCCGCCCUCCAAACAGAACUCCAAAUCCCUGGAGGAAUUUUGUUUCCCUGUCGAGUGUCUGUCUCUGACGGUGGACGAGGUGAUGCACAUAAGACAGGUGCUGGUUAAGGCAGAGCUGGAAAAGUUCCAGCAGUACAAAGAAGUCUACAACGCUAUGAAAAGGGGAAAGCUCUGCUUCUGUUGCCGGACCAGAAGGUUUUCCUUUUUUACCUGGUCCUACAUCUGCCAGUUUUGUAAAAAGCCUGUGUGUUCACAGUGCUGCAAAAAGAUGCGUCUACCAUCCAAACCUUAUUCAAGCUUGCCUAUCUAUUCCAUUGGCUCUAACAAAACUCUCCCCAGAGAGAGGCUUAGUGCUAUGGCUGCAAUUGGACAAGGGCUCUCUGUGGCUGGAGAACCAGUGGGAGGGGCCAAGGUGUACUCCAAUGUGAAGGCAAUGCCAAGAGUAUCUAAAGCAGCUGGGAAAGCCUCUGAAGUAGCUGCUGCACCUAAACCUGAAACACCCCCUUGUAGCACACAACGCCACAGCAUUCAGAAGACCAUGUCCAAGUUUUCAAAGCAUGGAUCAUUAAAGUCACAUGAAGAACUCGAACUUCCCUCAGAGCUGACCGAGGACUGGGCCACUAUGGAGGUGUGUGUGGACUGCAAGGACUUCAUCUAUGACAUUAUUGCCUCCAGCAAGCACAGCCUGUCACUGGCCACCAAGAGAGCUCGCUUAAAGCGGAAGACCCAGUCCUUCUACUUGUCCAGCCCUAAAGGAAGGGAGGAGUACCAGCCAUCUGAACGAACAAUCAAAGAGAUCUGAAACUCUUCAUCUCUGGAUAUUCUCCUGACCUGGCUGUUCGCAUAUUGAGCUCACAGCGGGAGACUAUCCCACGAUGCUAUGACGAGAAUAUUUGCCUUUAUAUCAAUGCUACGUGUAGUUCACCGGAAUCACUAUAUCAACAAAAGAGCGUAGAACAACAUCCUGACUAACUGAAAACGUAAUGCAGCCGUUUAAUUACUUGCAUGGAGAACGUAGCAGUAGCGUGCGUACACUUUAUGCACCGUGCAUCAGUUACAGUAUAUAAUGUCACUCCCCCUUCCCAUUGGCUUGAGGUGAAUUCUCCUGAAAAUAUCCUGCUGCAUUCUCACAUCAGCUCACUCGGACUUGCUGUGGAAAAAUACGAGGGGUCUGGCAGAAGAAACCGGUGAAUUCCGAGCACAAUAUUUGGCUGUUUGCGUUCGCAUACAUACUGCUCCUCCAGGAAAUAUCACGAGAUUUUCAGGCGCUUUCUGCAAGUGUGAAAUACCUAUAUGUAUGCUUACUUCAGUCAGGUAAAGCCUUGCAGAAUGCCUGAAUUGAACCUUGUGUGGCUUUAGUUGAUUUUUCUCGAUCAUCCCUUCAGACAGCUGAUCCACCAUUGGAGGUAGUAAGAGAUGCAUAAUGGGGGUAAGACCCUGGUGAUGUGUAACAUCGGAGCUGGCAGAUAGGAGCAGCCUAUCGCAAGAGGCAGGGCUGUGUGUCCACGCGCCCUGCCUCUUGCGCUUCCACAACACAGUAAUGCAAUGUAAACUCGCACUAUGGGGCACCAGUACAGUAUAACACCAUUGCAGAUACAAUGUGUAAGUACAAAGGUAUAAUGACAGAGAAACUUUGUUAUUGUGCUGUUGCGGAAUUGUAAUCUGUAAACGGCUAAUGUCUCAAAGCACACUGACUUCCAUCCCCGCUGAUGGCUAAAUACCAAGGUCAGCCAACUCAUUUAAAACUAAAAGCACAAGGUUGAAGAAAGACUGACUUUUUUUUUUAGUUCCUCGGUUGUAAGCAAAAAAUCAAACUUGAAAAAAUAGGGAAUUUUAAACAGUUUAUUUGAUAUGAAUUUUGAUUGAGUGUUUUGGUAAAACAUUAUUCAAAAAGUCAUAAUUUGUAUUUUAUUUAGCUGAUGAUGCUCAAUUAGAGUUGUCCCCCUCCUAGAUCUUUGAAGAGCAUUUAUCUGUGUUUCUUAAAUAAUCAAAACACAUUUAGAACUCAACCAGGGGCUGAGCAGGAAUUUCUCUGAGGUACAACAGUGAGCAUGUCCCCUUCUCCUGGCAUCAUCAGAGAAGCCCCAUGCUGAAAGAAAUGUGAUGACCAGUCUUCAGUAAGUGGACUUGAGAUUCUUAGUUCUUUUUAGUCCGCUGACUAUUAAAAGCGCUUUUACACUCCAGUAUAUAAUCCCAAUCCACCAAUCAUGAACCGCAGAUGAAGCAGCAGGAGCAAUUUGGGUUUAAGUGUCUUGCACAAGGACACAUCAGACAUGUGGAUCGAACCCCUGACCUUUUGGUUGAGAGACGACGGACUCCACCAACUUAGCCUCAGCGACUCCGCUCAGUCCAAUCAAAAACUAAGUUGACUGUAUGAGCAAUAGCAAUGUGAUUUGACAUGGUGAGUGUUUAAUUCACCUUUUGUGUGCGCCACCUACUACCUAAGUACAAUACCCUUUAAAUAGCAGGAAAAUACUGUGUCAUACUUACUGACUUUAGACAAGGUUUCUCUUCGUCUACGAUGCAGUCGCUUUCUGCUGCCUCAAAUUGGCAUUGCACCAUCACUACUCAUCACCACAUCUUACACCAGCACUGUCAUUAGCAAACGUGGGCAAGGGCUAUGGAGAUUACAUGUGCAUUAGGCAGAAACCCGCAAUGACACUUGUGCUAUGUUGUGCACAGAUUUGUACAUUUCGUAGUGCAGCUUUUUUUAGAGCUCUAUUUUUUUAGGAGGGGCUUUGGUUCGGUGGUAGAUUUGGUUGUCUCUCAACCAGAAGGUCCGGGGUUCUAUCCAUACGUCUGAUGUGUCCUUGGGCAAGACACUAAACCCCAAGUUGCUCCCGCUACCUGAGUUGGUAGGUGUGACUUGCUGUGUAAAAGCACUUUGAGUAGUCAGAAGACUAGAAACGCGCUAUACAAGCUCCAUUUAACAUUCACUAUUUAAAUCAACAUUAUGGAGGAUGUUGGUUCAGUUCUCUCUGGCACACACUGAAGGUCUCUGAGUGCAACUGCACUGCACAUAAUGACUCUGCUAGCGUCUACAGCUCGUUGUAGAGACAACUUUUAGCAUAAGAUGGAUUUAUUUUUUUAUUUGUAUGCAAGCCAGAGACAUAAAUUGGGUUAAAUGACUUUCUGCACACAGUAAAAACGCUAAUAGGAAUGGUAAAAUGGUAAAUGGAUUGAGCUUGUAUAGCGAUUUUCAAGUCUUUUGAUUACUCAAAACACUUUGACCAGACCACCACAGGUCAAGGGGGACAAUGAAGACACCAAUAACAAUAAAGCCUAAGAUUAUGUCAUGAUCUGUUAUGAAUAAUAUCUGCAGGGAUGCACACUCAGGCUCUUAUGUGUCACCUUCGCGCUUCCGUCACUUAGCGUCAGCCACUGUAUCACACAUUACUGAAAUGGGCCGCACUUCUCACACGAGGACCGCUGCCAAACUUACAAAAAGCUCUAUAGACAUUGGAGCGACACUAUUCUCCUCGUUGAAAGUUAGUGUACUAUUAGAUCGACUGUGAAACUACUAUUUUAAAGUGGAAAAGGUACAUAUUGUUGCCUUAAAGGACAUAUUAGUAGAAAGAUUCCCAUACAAAGGCCAAUUCACAGAGCUUUUUCACUCGCACUUUAAUAUCUGUCUGAGGUACACUAAAUGGAUUCUUGAUACAGAGGACUAUAAAAUGGUAAGAUGAUCUUUUCCUGGCAUCGUUGUUCUCCUUUUGGCCUUGUGUUGCCAUUUCGGGGUUGCCAGAAGACAAGGUUUCUCUCGGUGCUACCUCCUCCCUCCAUCCCUCCCUUCCUGCAGGGAGGUUACUGCUUAAGACCUGCAUGGGUCAAGAACUCCAGCCCAGGUCAAACACCUAGCUUUCCCUCACACUGAAAAGUUAAGCACAAGUCAAUUUGUAUUAAGAAUUAAACACUCAUUAAUCUGUUGGCAAUCAUUGGAUCUCUUAAGAUUGCCAGUGGUCUGACACAGCAUUGCAGACCGUUCAUAAGACAGACUAGGCUGAGAUUUCAAGCUCAAACAUAAUAUGGGUCAUGUUUCCUGUGAUGCAAGUCAAGGGUUAAGACUUCAAGCCAUAAAAGCUUAAGGGUAUAAGUGACAAUCUUUUCUGAGCCAUAGUGGGCAUAAUAAAACUUCUUUGUGUUCAAUCUUAGCAGUGCAAAUCUUAGCACCCCCCCCCCCCCCCCCUCAAUUUUAGAUUCAACAUGGCCCAAUGUCUGAUUGGUGGAUGAAGGUACAUGACACCCCUGUUUCACAUAAUCCCCACCCACUUACAUUCCAUGAGAAGACCACAAACACAUCUCAUAUAACCUAAACAAUUCAAACCUUGAAAUUAAAUUGUGUGGUAACAAAUAUCUUAACUAAAUAUUCACAGUAUAUGUUCAUGCACACAUAACUUCAACUUAAAUCACUUUAAUUUGCACAGAGGCAGGUACAGGAACAUUUACUGUGCUGAUGUAUUUAUUUUGGAAUUACCUGGAUAUGUAGUAUUUUAAAUGUACUGUGGGUUCAAUAAAUAUAUUGUAUAUCCUAAGUCCUUAAAGCAAUGCCCCCUCAAGACUUUUAGAAUGACCUUUUGUGAUCACACUCACUUUUUGUACAUCACCCCUUCUUUACCUCAGUCGUUACAGUGGGACAGCGAGCUGUAGAUCUAGGUCUCUGCGUUGAGUGGAAAACUUUCCCACACAAAUCCAUUAGUGUGACAGUUUAAUGUAUGGUAUAGGUUGUACCUUCAUUCUGUGUUACAUUGAAGCUGUAACUCCAUAGAGACAAUCUGAGAAAUAACUACAACAAUAAAAGAUCAUGCAAUACCUA